AACUUUGACCACUUCCAGAUCCUGCGGGCCAUUGGGAAGGGCAGCUUCGGCAAGGUGUGCAUCGUGCAGAAGCGGGACACGGAGAAGAUGUACGCCAUGAAGUACAUGAACAAGCAGCAGUGCAUCGAGCGUGACGAGGUCCGCAACGUCUUCCGCGAGCUGGAGAUCCUGCAGGAGAUCGAGCAUAUUUUCCUGGUGAACCUCUGGUACUCCUUCCAGGAUGAGGAGGACAUGUUCAUGGUGGUAGACCUGCUUCUGGGCGGGGACCUGCGCUACCACCUGCAGCAGAAUGUCCAGUUCUCCGAGGACACGGUGAGGCUGUACAUCUGCGAGAUGGCACUGGCCCUUGACUACCUGCGCAGUCAGCACAUUAUCCACAGAGACGUCAAGCCCGACAACAUUCUCCUAGAUGAGCAAGGACACGCACACCUGACCGACUUCAACAUCGCCACCAUCAUCAAGGACGGGGAGAGGGCGACGGCAUUAGCCGGCACCAAGCCGUAUAUGGCUCCGGAGAUCUUCCACUCCUUCGUCAGCGGUGGGACCGGCUACUCCUUCGAGGUGGACUGGUGGUCGGUGGGAGUGAUGGCCUACGAGCUGCUGCGAGGAUGGAGGCCCUACGAUGUCCACUCGAGUGACGCUGUGGAGUCCCUGGUGCAGCUGUUCAGCACUGUGAGUGUCCAGUACAUCCCCACCUGGUCCAAGGAGAUGGUGGCCCUGCUGCGGAAGCUCCUCACCGUGAACCCCGAGCACCGGUUCUCCAGCCUCCAGGACAUGCAGGCGGCCCCGUCGCUGGCCAGCGUGCCGUGGGACGACCUGAGCGAGAAGAAGGUGGAGCCGGGCUUCGUGCCCAACAAAGGCCGCCUGCACUGUGACCCCACCUUUGAGCUGGAGGAGAUGAUCCUGGAGUCCAGGCCCCUGCACAAGAAGAAGAAGCGGCUGGCCAAGAACAGGUCCCGCGACAACAGCAGGGACAGCUCCCAGUCCGAGAACGACUACCUUCAGGACUGCCUCGACGCGAUCCAGCAAGACUUUGUGAUUUUUAACAGAGAAAAGCUGAAGAGGAGCCAGGACCUCACCAACGAGCCUCUUCCCACCCCCGAGCCUGAAGACAUGGCAGAGCCAAGGGCAGACAGCGAUGGGGGGCGCUCGGCCCUGCCGGUGUGCGGCUCCAUCUGCCCCUCGGCCGGGAGCAGCUAGGCCACCCGGGCCGGUGCGCCACGGACGGUUAAUUCUCCGGCUGCGUUGGAGACUCGGGUCUGCCAGAGGGAGGGCUGGUGCGCGGAGGUCCAGCAUCCACAUUCCCACCCGACAGCCCCAGGCUGGCUGUGCCACGGCGCCCUGGCCACAUUUCACACCAAC